UUCUCGCUGUCCGUUUGGGGCGACAACUACGAAGCUCAAAACUCUACUGCAUUACCCUCGCUUCCUCCGCCCUCAUCCUCCCCAUAAAUAAAACCCCCCAACCUUACUUCCCGAUAUCCUCAAUUUUUCUUCCCCUCUUCCUCCUUCCUUCCUACAAUUUCCGGCCACCACUGCCAUCGGCUCUACUCAGACCUCCAAUUCAAGAAUCUUAUCCAUGUCUCAGUCUCUCCAUUUCGUCGUUUCCUCUUCCCGGUCGCCGAAUCUCUCCUUACCCAACCACUCUUACUUGAAACUUUCCCCGCCUCCAUCUAAUCUGCGGUAUCCGGUUACGUUCGUCAGGAGGCCUAUCUCGGCCUCGUCUUCAGAUCUCGAUUCGAAUUCUCCCUCCAAAGUGCUGGUCUCCGAUAACGGUAAGGGAGGGGUUCUUCCGGCGACAUCCCCGGAGUAUGUUCCGCCGCCAUCCGAUUCGAGCUCGAUCGAUGUGGAUGCGGUGACGGAAGCCGACCUGAAGGAGAACGGAUUCAGAAGCACGAGGAGGACGAAGCUUGUGUGCACGAUUGGCCCAGCCACGUGUGGGUUCGAGCAGCUGGAGGCGCUCGCAGUUGGUGGAAUGAAUGUGGCGCGUAUCAACAUGUGCCAUGGUACACGUGAGUGGCAUCGCCGCGUUAUUGAGCGUGUGAGGAGAUUGAAUGAGGAGAAGGGCUUUGCUGUUGCGAUCAUGAUGGACACUGAGGGGAGUGAGAUUCACAUGGGGGAACUUGGUGGUGCUCCGUCAGCCAAAGCUGAGGAUGGUGAGAUAUGGACUUUUAGUGUCCGAGCUUUUGAUUCACCUCGCCCAGAACGCACCAUCAACGUCAACUAUGAUGGUUUCGCCGAAGAUGUGAAAGUUGGUGAUGAACUCCUUGUGGAUGGUGGAAUGGUGAGGUUUGAUGUGAUUGAGAAGAUUGGUCCAGAUGUCAAGUGUCGAUGUACUGAUCCUGGACUGCUGCUACCAAGGGCUAAUUUAACUUUCUGGCGGGAUGGGAGUUUGGUGCGAGAACGUAAUGCCAUGCUCCCCACAAUUUCUUCUAAGGAUUGGCUGGACAUAGAUUUUGGGAUUGCAGAGGGUGUUGAUUUUAUUGCAAUAUCAUUUGUCAAGUCUGCUGAAGUGAUUAAGCAUCUCAAAAGCUAUAUUGCUGCAAGAUCUCGUGAUAGUGACAUUGCUGUUAUUGCAAAAAUAGAGAGCAUUGACUCAUUAAAGAACUUGGAAGAGAUCAUUCAAGCGUCAGAUGGAGCUAUGGUAGCAAGAGGAGAUCUGGGUGCUCAGAUCCCAUUGGAGCAGGUCCCAUCUGCUCAGCAAAGGAUUGUUCAGCAGUGCAGGCAUCUAAAUAAACCUGUCAUUGUUGCCUCACAGCUACUUGAAUCCAUGAUUGAAUAUCCUACACCAACCAGAGCUGAAGUAGCUGAUGUUUCUGAGGCAGUUAGGCAGCGGGCAGAUGCUCUAAUGCUCUCUGGUGAGUCAGCCAUGGGCUUGUUCCCAGACAAGGCGUUGGCCGUCCUGAGGAGUGUCAGUGUGAGAAUUGAGAAGUGGUGGAGAGAAGAGAAACGUCAUGAAGCUAUGGAACUUCCAGAUAUAGCAUCUUCAUUCUCAGAUAGUAUAUCAGAACAGAUUUGCAAUUCAGCUGCCAAGAUGGCGAACAAUUUAGCGGUGGACGCGCUUUUUGUUUACACAAAGACCGGGCAUAUGGCAUCUCUCCUGUCACGUUGCCGACCUGACUGCCCAAUCUUUGCAUUUACAAGCGCGAUAUCUGUGCGGAGGCGUCUCAAUCUGCAGUGGGGCCUUAUACCCUUCCGCCUUAGUUUCUCUGAUGAUAUGGAAAGCAACCUCAACAGAACUUUCUCCUUGCUUAAGGCCCGGGGGAUGAUCAAAUCAGGUGACCUUGUCAUUGCUGUGUCUGACAUGUUGCAGUCCAUUCAAGUCAUGAAUGUUCCCUAAAAAUUAAUCUUCUUUAGGUUGCAAGCCUUGUUUCCAUCCUCUUCUAGACUGUGUUAGCUAUGAAAACUUUCUUAUGUUGCUAUUAGUUCAACAAUUUGGGUACUGCUAGAAAUGAAAAAAGAAUCACGAGGGCAAUUGUGCUUUUCCUGCCUUCAACCUCCGGAUCUCUGCUUCUGAUCUCUGCUUCUUUGCUUCUUUGCUUCUUUGCUUCGAUGACUCUGCACCCAGACCUGCUCCAUCACGGAUGGUUUAUUGGUGAGCAAUCUCAAAUGUAUCCUGGGACUGGUUUUGCUUAGAUAGAUAAGAGUAAUAUGUUGCAAAAUGUACCUCUGAAUGUCGGCACUAUUAUUUUUUCAUUCGCGUCAGUUUUUUCUUCACCGUGUAUAAUGUAACUGUGUACUGCUAUAUCUUCAACCAGCGAGAAAUGUUAUGUUUUGACAACUUUGGAUGUA